CUGUGAUACUGAAGAAAACUUUCAAAUGUGACGAUUCUCAGGCAACUCCUGAAGCCUCUUAGUGGAUUUAUGGAGGUUUAUUGGUGCUGGACAUCAGAGAUAAUGAUAUCCUCAGUAAGAAUAAGUCACACCGAAUGAUAUCAACAUGUGUUUCAUGUCUGCGUGUUCAGAUUCGACUGAGUUAUGACUCAGAGAAGGACGAUUUGUCCUGCUGAAUGUUCCUGUCAUUGCCUCGUGGUUAAAACUCUGUCCAGAGCCAUGAGUUCAAUUACUGAGGAGCACAGAGAAUACGUUCAUCCUGACUGAAUGGAGCUUUAAACAUGUUUGGAGAGGAUUUUAAACUCACCAUAUGAAAAUAAAAUAGUUAUUUGCUCCACCUUCAUCACCAAGAACAUUAAAACAGUGCUUGCAUACAGUAGUAGGAACUGGUUGUUAAAAGCAGUGCAUUCUUCUGCAUGAUGAGUAGGUUACUCUUACUUUUGAACCAUGAAUUAUAUUUUUCAGAUACAUACUUUUACAAACUUUGGAAGCGUUUGAAGGAUUUUUACCUGGUUAUUACUGUUACUCACAGUAAGUAGAGUUUAUGAAUACUUCUACUACUGCAGAAUAAUUAACACACCUUUAUUGUAGUCUGGACUCUUGGACUUCUCAGCUUUAUACUGAUGAUUUUUAUCACCAGGGGUGAACAAAAUCAAUUAACCACCAUAGUGUUACAACAACAAAGCAACAGGAUCAUCGAUCACAGCUGCAGAAGCUCUGCUUUAACAGGCUCGACAACAACCGUUAAUCUGGAAGUGAUUGCAGGGACGAGUGUGUCAGAUUUCAUUAUAGUCAAGUGUUUCAGUUGUUUUGUCCAUUUUACAUUUGUUGAAUCAUGAUUUUUUGGAUUAUUAGUUCUGUCAUUUGAACACUAGAUGUUGCCACUGGCCCUCCGACUCCUCACAUACUUCCCCUGCUGGUGUCUCUCUCCUGGUUACGGCUCAUUCAAGCUCUUCUGGACAGUUUCCCACAGAUCAGGCCGAUCCAGGAGCAACAGGAAAGGACUGAGCAGGAGGAAAGGAGCACUUUCAGCUGCUUAUUCUUUCCCCGCAGGACCCCUCAGUGCUGUCCUGCACUGCUUGUUAAUCAUAUAUUAAUGUAAGACUCUCCCUGAACUUUUGACUUGAACACUGGACUCUGUCUGCAGACACCAUGACCGCCAUCAGUGUCAAGGUCUACAAAGGAUCUUCUCUGCAGAAGAAACCCCAUGGCCACCUCCUGGAGGUCCUGGUCCGCAGCCUGAUCAUCCUGUGUACGGCCCUGUCCAUCGUCCUCUCCUCCAUCGCCGUGUGCGACGGCCGCUGGCUUCAGACUCCCGGUGGACACAUGUUUGGCCUGUGGCGCUUCUGCACCGCUCAGCCUGUGGAAGGUGUGGAUGGGAGAAUAAUAGAUGAGCAUCUGAUGGAUCACAACCAGUCAGCCUUUGAAGCUCUGGCCUCCCCGCGCUGCACCACCGAGCUGGGUCAGUUUGGUGUGGAGGGGGUGGAGGUGGGGAUGGGCUUUUGUCGUGCUCUCGUCUCUCUGGCUGUGGUCUCUGCCAUCUUCGGCCUGGAGUUGCAGGUGAUAUCCCGGCUGAGCGAGGGCCAGGAUUCAGCCCGUCGAUGGGUUCUGGGGUCGGCUCUGAUGCUGGUGGCUGCGUCCUUGUCUGCGUCAGGUGUGGUUGUGUUCGUGGCUCUGCUACGAGGGUUCGUGUCGCAGACGGGCUUCACUAUCACCUUCUGGUGCCAGUUCAACGCAGUCUUCCUCUUUGUCCUGAAUGGCCUGGCAGCACGCCGCAUCCAUCUCAUGAACAUGCCAGCUCCUCCGCUGAGUGGCUCCCUGCAGACAUGCUGAGGGAGAUUCCAGGGACUUGAGGUGAAGUUAUUAACAUGCCAUCUGUAUCCUGCUCCAUUAUCUGGAUAAUGACAUCCAAUGCAUGAGUUUUUGCAUUUAAAUCUGCUAUUAAUCAGCUCUUUUGUUGUUGUGUUGCAUAUUGUGAUCAGAUCACAAUAUGCAAAUUAGGUAGUGUCCCAUGUCAAGGGAGCAGCACUGUGGAUGAGUGUCUUGGAGUUACUGCUACUACUUGCAGCUUUUUCCAGGCUUGUUUCAGCUAGCAGGAAGAGGCGGAGUUAUGAAUGUUUUUACAGGUCUGGUGUUGUCUAAAACAAGAAAAGUUAUCUUUAGGAUGGAUUAGGGUGAUGGUGGAGCCUCCCGUAAAAUUACUCAAUUCUCAGUCAAAUCCUCGGUCUUUUUAAGUUAUUUGAACUUUUAAUUUUGACAUUUUAAUUUUAGAAGUGAUUGGAUGACAUGUCGUAGGCUAGAACUGCGAGGUCACCGUACAGAGACAUGUCUCUAUCUAUGAAUGGAGUGUUGCAGUAAAUUCCUAAAUCUGCAUUAACUGAUUUUUUGGCCACUUGAUACGUUGAACUUGUUAGCAAACAGUUGCUUAUUUCCACAUCCAGCAG